CAGAAUUCCUCCGACCGCUCACCCACCACGCGGAAACCGCACCAAAUCCCACCAAAUUGCCCCGAACCAACCCAAUUCCACCCCGGCGAGAAAGAAGAAAGAAAGAAGAAAAAAAAAACCAAUAAGGCGAGGAAGAAAGCGCAAUUCCAAGAUCUCUCUGGAAGGCGGUGGAGGAGGCCACGCACCGCCGGCGCCGAGCCCCAGUCUCUCCUCGUCCUUCUGCCCCCCACAGGAGGAAGGAUCCAGGAGGGCUCCGGCUAGGGUUCGGCCUAGGGUUCCGCCGCCUCCCGAUCCCGCCCUCCGGCGAGCCGAGGAGCCAACGCCUCCGCGGCUCGCCCGCCACCAUGCCCGCCCCCAAUCUCUCCCCUUGCCUAGUCCUCGCCCUCUUCCUCCUCCUCUCCACCGCCCGCCCCGAGGGCCUUGGCGGCUACGACGACGAUGCCUGCCCUGCCCGGCACUCCGACGGCAACACCUACGCCUCCUCCUGCCCCAUUAACUGCUUCCGGGCUGACCCCGUCUGCGGUGUCGACGGCGUUACCUACUGGUGCGGGUGCCCGGAGGCCGCGUGCGCCGGUGUCCGGGUGGCCAAGCGGGGGCCCUGCCAGGUUGGGAACGGCGGGAGCGGCCUCGUCUCCGGUCAGGCCCUCCUCCUCGUCCACAUCGUCUGGCUCAUCGUCCUCGGGUUCGCCGUCCUCUUCGGCUUCCUAUGAAUCAAUCAAUCAAUCAUCUUCAUCCCGAUGGGCGCCAUCGCACGCCCUGGUCCUGCAGCCCUACCUAGAAUUUGAUGCCUUAGGUGCUUGUGUACGUUCUUUUUCUUCUCAUCCAAUUAUUCUUUUGUUGUGUAGUCUCUUUUUCUGUGCUGAUUCCUUUCCAUGGAGGAAGAGGAGGAGAGCAUUUGAUUUCAUUCUUUGAGCUGCUGUUACUCUGUAUCUGUUGUAUUUGUAUAUUCUCUUUGAAAGAAUAUAUGAUCGAAUUCUUUUGGACCAGAAUUUCUCUGUUGAUAAAUUUUCUUUCACUUUGAUGAAAACGGUUUCUUUUUUUUUUAUACA